UCCACCCCCACCACCACAACCCCCAAACCCAACAACCUCCGCUACAUCCGCUACAAUACGGCCCACGAAGACGCCUACGUCCCCGCCAUGCGCCAAUUGAUCUCCAAAGACCUCUCCGAACCCUACAGCAUCUACGUCUACCGCUAUUUUCUCUACCAAUGGGGUGAUCUCUGCUUCAUGGCCAUGGAUGAUUCCCUGCCCUCGCCGAUGGUCGGCGUCGUGGUCUCGAAACUGGAGCCGCAUCGCGGGGGGCCGUUGCGCGGUUAUAUUGCCAUGUUGGCGGUGCGCGAGGAAUAUCGCGGUCAGGGGAUUGCGACGAAAUUGGCGCGGAUGGCUAUUGAUGCGAUGGUGGAGAGGGAGGCGGAUGAGAUCGUCCUCGAAACCGAAACCACCAACACCGCCGCAAUCAAACUCUACGAGCGUCUCGGCUUUCUCCGGAGUAAACGUCUCCAUCGGUACUAUCUGAACGGCAAUUCGGCAUACCGAUUGGUACUGUAUCUCAAGGAAGGGGUGGGGUCGAUGAGAACGAGUAUCGAUGCGUAUGCUCCGGGGCAGUCAGGUCCUCCUUAUCCGCUGGUGGAGUCGAGGACGGAGAUGUCGGGGGCGGUGACGGCGCCGGAGCCGGCUUUGUUACAU